GGUUCAAGUUCGAGUUCAAGUUCUUCAUCUUCCGGUAGUAGUGGUGGUGGUAGUAGUUGGUUGGGGAGAUGGGGUUUUGGUAGUUUUAGUAUUCCAUCACCAGUCAAAGCCGUUGCUGGGGCUGUUUCUACUAUAAGGGAUAGUGUGGUUUCUGCUGGUCAAAAAGUGUGGGAUUCUGGGUCACGAUUUCUUGAUAACGUGCAAACAAGAGUUGCGACUGCGCUGUCUCCAGUUACAUGGAUCACAUCAGCUUCAUCUGCCAUUAGUGCUGCUUCUAAUGUAGCUCCCUCAGUUAUAGAGACAUUUCAUGAAGUUGUAGGAGGUGAACUACAAAUUCAUACUCCAGCACCUGCUCCUCCUCAACCAGUCAAACCGGCUCCACUACCCAAACCAGUUACUCCUGCCCCCACCACGAAGCCUACAAAUCCUUGGGAUCGGCUUAUCCCUUUUGUUGCGUUGGCUCCUGCUACAGUUGCUAUUUCUAUUUUUUCUUACUUAAUCUGGAAGUAUUUUGCUCAACUGCGUAAGAUAAGACUCUACAGAACAGCUCCUUUAAGAAUUCCCGGUCCAUCAGUACAGGAACAAGUCCUCGAUCAUGUGGAAGAAGCCGGUUCACAUGAAUAUCAAUUGGUGAAGGAACGAAAACCUCCAUCUGUUCCAGCGAGAACAAAACGUUCUGCACGCGAUCCUGCUGGUGGUGGUCGCGUGAAUCGCCGCACCAUUAUUAAAAUUCAUUUUGAACUGGUGGACGAAUGUCAAAAAGGGAACACAAAAUUGACUCAGAAUGAUUUUCUGGAACUUUUAGUUCGAGAGUUUAUGGGAAGCGAAUUUAUGGAAGAAGAAGAACAGGUUUCUAAGGAAGAGGUUCUUAUGGAAAGUGUUCCAAUGGAACAUGCUCCAAUUUUAGGUUCCGUGUUUAUGGUUUAG